AUGGCGCUGUCUCCAGCGGCCGCGGCUACUGAGCCCCAAAGCCGCUCGGCCGGGCGCACACCCCCACCUCUUCCUGCUCUCUUGGGCACCCAGCGUCCGCUCAGCUGCAGAAGCAGCCACCCGCUGCUGGCCACUCAGGCCUGGCAGAAAGGAAGGCUCUUGCCCCACCAGGAAGAGGAGGAGGACUCUACCAAGUUCAUCGUGCUCACCUUCCUCUCCAUCGCUUGCAUCCUGGGGGUUCUCCUGGCCUCCAGCCUUGCCUACUGUCUCCGCCACAACUCACACCACAAGCUGAAGGGCAAGUUGUCUGGACUAGGAGGUGACCCCAGUGCAGAUGCCACCGAAGCCUACCAGGAGCUAUGCCGCCAGCGCAUGGCUGUUCGGCCACAGGAUCGCCCUGAGGGACCACACACAUCCCGAAUCAACAGUGUCUCAUCCCAGUUCAGCGACGGGCCGAUGCCUAGUCCUUCAGCUCGGAGCAGCACGUCAUCCUGGUCUGAGGAGCCUGUCCAGUCUAACAUGGACAUCUCUACCGGUCACAUGAUCCUGGCCUACAUGGAAGACCAUCUGAAGAACAAGAACCGGCUGGAGAAGGAGUGGGAGGCGCUGUGCGCCUACCAAGCGGAGCCCAACAGCUCACACGUGGCCCAGAGGGAGGAAAAUGCAUCCAAGAACCGUUCCCUGGCUGUGCUGACAUAUGACCACUCCAGGAUCCUGCUGAGGCCUGAAAACAGCCACAGUAAUUCAGACUACAUCAACGCCAGCCCUAUUAUGGACCACGACCCACGCAGCCCCGCAUACAUCGCCACCCAGGGCCCGCUUGCCGCUACCGUGGCCGACUUCUGGCAGAUGGUGUGGGAGAGCGGCUGUGCUGUCAUCGUCAUGCUGACAUCCCUCUCUGAGAACGGAGUCAGGCAGUGCCACCACUACUGGCCCGACGAAGGCUCUAACCUGUACCAUGUCUAUGAGGUCAAUCUGGUUUCUGAGCACAUAUGGUGCCAGGAUUUCCUGGUGAGGAGCUUUUACCUGAAGAACCUGCAAACCAACGAGACUCGCACGGUGACCCAGUUCCACUUCCUGAGUUGGUAUGACCAGGGAGUCCCUUCCUCCACGAGGUCACUCCUGGAUUUCCGCAGAAAAGUAAACAAGUGCUACAGAGGCCGCUCUUGUCCAAUAAUUGUUCAUUGCAGUGACGGCGCGGGCAGGAGUGGAACCUACGUCCUGAUUGACAUGGUUCUCAAUAAGAUGGCCAAAGGUGCUAAAGAGAUUGAUAUCGCAGCGACCCUGGAGCACUUGAGGGACCAGAGACCAGGCAUGGUCCAGACAAAGGAGCAGUUUGAGUUUGCGCUGACAGCUGUGGCGGAGGAGGUGAACGCCAUCCUGAAGGCCCUCCCCCAGUAGACACAGCAGCUGGAGGCUGGAGGAAGCCCACC